CCUGCUGAAUGGCUCCCCGGAAUUGUACCUCUGCCUCCCCUCCCCCUCCACGUGACGACCAGGACACAUGCGCACCCGACGCCCGCACAUCUGCACACUGACGUCAGUGCUCUGCCUCCGAGGAAAAGCUGCCAAAUUUUCUGCUGCAAUUCAAGUUGGCUGGGGGCGGGUAGUGAGAUCUAGGGCUCGCUACUUCCACAAAACCGACUCCUCUCGUCUCCUUUUCUCCUGAUACCUUUUGAUGCUCUUCCCAUGUUAUUUGCAUAGCAAAAGGCACUAAGCUGUCCAGGAAGAAAGGGCACCACUUCCACCCCCAAUAAGUCUUUUUUUUACCCCCCCUCCUUCCUUUUUUUUUUUUCCUUUCCUUUCUUUUUUUCUUUUUCUCUUUUUUUGGGAGGGGGGCGGGAGAGAAAGGGGGCUUGCAAAGGCAGCAUCUCAGGAUGAUAACCUGGUUGUACUGAAGGCAUCUCUUUUUUUCUGCCAAAUCGGAAAGUCCGUUCUCUAAAACCUGGGUUAGCCAGACUAUAGGGUUUUAUUCUGGCUGCAGAAUAACUAGCUGACUGCUGUGGCUUUGCAAAGGGGGGCAGAAAAAAAAAAAGUUAAGAGAGGAGAGGGAGUACGUGAGUCGUCCAGUGCAAUCUCUAUUGUUUGAAACUUACUUUUUAUCAGAAUUUGAAGAUGAAAACGGUUAAAAAAUGGCCAUACUUUAGUUACUAAUCAGCCUAAUGCUUUGCUUAUGAAAAUUUUACCAUCAUUAAUUUUUUCAUUUUGGAUUGAGAAAAUGAAUCCAGAUAGAGAAGAAAGUACGGGAUGUUGGAAAAAAGUACCUGUUAAACAGUGGACCAUCUAAUAACUAAUUUGCUAUGGUAUUGACUCUCUAGCACAUAGGUAGCCCUCCAAAAAAUCAUCCAGUUUGCUAAAUUAUGGAAAUUUUGUGGAAGACGUUAACCUGGAUUUUGAGCCUCAUCAUGGCUUCAUCGGAAUUUCAUAGUGAUCACAGGCUCUCCUACAGCUCACAAGAGGAAUUCCUGACUUAUCUAGAACACUACCAGCUAACUAUUCCAAUAAGGGUUGACCAAAAUGGAGCUUUCCUCAGCUUUACUGUGAAAAAUGAGAAACACUCCAGAAGGCGGCGGAGUAUGGACCCUAUCGACCCACAGCAGGCAGCAUCUAAGUUAUUUUUUAAACUUUCAGCCUAUGGCAAGCACUUUCACCUAAACUUGACUCUCAACACAGAUUUUGUGUCCAAACAUUUCACCGUAGAAUAUUGGGGGAAAGAUGGACCCCAGUGGAAACAUGAUUUUUUAGACAACUGUCACUACACAGGAUACUUGGAAGAUCAACAUAGUACAACCAAAGUGGCUUUAAGCAACUGUAUUGGAUUGCAUGGUGUUAUUGCAACAGAAGAUGAAGAAUAUUUUAUUGAACCAUUAAAGAACACCACAGAGGAUUCCAAACAUUUUAGUUAUGAAAAUGGCCAUCCCCAUGUUAUUUACAAAAAGUCUACCCUUCAGCAACGGCAUAUGUACGAUCACUCUCACUGCGGGGUCUCGGACCUCGUAAGUGGCAAGCCUUGGUGGCUGAAUGACACAUCUGCUUUUCCUUCUGCACUUCCGAUGAAUGGCACACACCCGCCCCACAGGCAGAAGAGAUCAGUAAGCACGGAGCGCUUCGUGGAGACGCUGGUCGUGGCGGACAAAAUGAUGGUGGCCUACCAUGGCCGCAAAGACAUCGAGCAUUACAUUUUGAGUGUGAUGAAUAUUGUUGCCAAACUUUACCGUGAUUCCAGCCUAGGAAACGUUGUGAAUAUCAUAGUGGCCCGCUUAAUUGUUCUCACGGAUGAUCAGCCAAACUUGGAGAUAAACCACCAUGCAGACAAGUCCCUCGAUAGCUUCUGUAAAUGGCAGAAAUCCAUUCUCUCCCACCAAAGUGAUGGAAACAUCAUUCCAGAAAAUGGGAUUGCCCACCAUGAUAAUGCUGUCCUUAUUACGAGAUAUGAUAUCUGCACUUAUAAAAAUAAGCCCUGUGGAACACUGGGCUUGGCCUCUGUGGCUGGAAUGUGUGAGCCUGAAAGGAGCUGCAGCAUUAAUGAAGACAUUGGCCUGGGUUCAGCUUUUACCAUUGCACAUGAGAUUGGUCACAAUUUUGGUAUGAACCAUGAUGGAAUUGGAAAUACUUGUGGGACGAAAGGUCAUGAAACAGCAAAACUUAUGGCAGCUCACAUUACUGCAAAUACCAAUCCCUUUUCCUGGUCUGCCUGCAGUCGAGACUAUAUCACCAGCUUUCUAGAUUCAGGCCGUGGUACUUGCCUUGAUAAUGAGCCUCCCAAGCGUGAAUUUGUUUAUCCAACUGUGGCCCCAGGUCAGGUGUAUGAUGCUGAUGAGCAAUGUCGUUACCAGUAUGGAGCAGCAUCCCGCCAAUGUAAAUAUGGGGAAGUGUGUAGAGAGCUCUGGUGUCUCAGCAAAAGCAACCGCUGUGUCACCAACAGUAUUCCUGCAGCUGAGGGAACACUCUGCCAAACUGGGAAUAUUGAAAAGGGGUGGUGUUAUCAGGGAGAUUGUGUUGCUUUUGGCACGUGGCCCCGGAGCGUAGAUGGGGGCUGGGGUGCCUGGUCACUGUGGGGAGAGUGCAGCAGGACCUGCGGGGGAGGCGUCUCUUCAUCCCUAAGACACUGUGACAGUCCAGCACCUUCAGGAGGUGGAAAAUAUUGCCUUGGGGAAAGGAAACGGUAUCGCUCCUGUAACACAGAUCCAUGUCCUUUGGGGGCCCGAGAUUUUCGAGAGAAACAGUGUGCAGACUUUGACAAUAUGCCUUUCCGUGGAAAGUAUUAUAACUGGAAACCCUAUACUGGAGGUGGAGUAAAACCUUGUGCACUAAACUGCUUGGCUGAAGGUUACAAUUUCUACACUGAACGUGCCCCUGCAGUGAUUGAUGGGACUCAGUGCAAUGCGGACUCACUGGACAUCUGUAUCAAUGGAGAAUGCAAGCACGUAGGCUGUGAUAAUAUUUUGGGAUCCGAUGCUAGGGAAGAUAGAUGCCGAGUCUGUGGAGGGGAUGGAAGCACGUGCGAUGCCAUUGAAGGGUUCUUCAAUAAAUCGCUGCCCAGAGGAGGCUACAUGGAAGUUGUGCAGAUACCAAGAGGCUCUGUUCAUAUUGAGGUCAGAGAAGUUGCCAUGUCAAAAAACUAUAUUGCUUUAAAAUCUGAAAGGGAUGAAUACUUUAUCAAUGGUGCCUGGACUAUUGACUGGCCUAGGAAGUUUGAUAUUGCUGGGACUGCGUUUCACUACAAGAGACCAACUGAUGACCCAGAAUCCUUGGAAGCUCAAGGUCCCACCUCAGAAAAUCUCAUUGUCAUGGUUCUGAUUCAAGAACAGAAUUUGGGAAUUAGGUAUAAGUUCAACGUUCCCAUCACUCGGACUGGCAGUGGAGACAGUGAUGUUGGCUUUACUUGGAAUCAUCAGCCUUGGUCAGAAUGCUCUGUUACUUGUGCUGGAGGUAUCCAAAGACAGGAGGUGGUCUGCAAAAGGUUGGAUGACAACUCUAUUGUCCAGAACAAUUACUGCGACCCCGACAGUAAGCCACCUGAAAACCAUAGAACCUGCAACACUGAGCCCUGCCCACCUGAGUGGUUCAUCGGGGACUGGCUGGAGUGCAGCAAGACUUGCGACGGCGGAAUGCGUACGCGGGCCGUGCUCUGCAUCAGGAAGAUCGGGCCUUCUGAGGAGGAGACGCUGGACUACAGUGGCUGUUUAACACACCGGCCUGCUGAGAAAGAGUCCUGCAACAACCAGUCGUGUCCACCUCAGUGGGUGGCUUUGGACUGGUCAGAGUGCACUCCCAAAUGUGGUUCAGGAUUCAAGCAUCGGAUUGUUCUGUGCAAGAGCAGUGACCUUUCUAAAACGUUCCCAGCCGCACAGUGUCCGGAGGAGAGCAAGCCCCCGAUCCGCAUGCGUUGCAGCCUGGGCCGCUGUCCUCCACCCCGCUGGGUGACGGGAGACUGGGGCCAGUGUUCUGCUCAGUGUGGCCUUGGACAGCAAAUGCGGACCGUGCAAUGCCUCUCCUACACUGGACAGGCGUCUAGUGACUGUCCAGAAACUGCUCGGCCUCCGUCGAUGCAGCAGUGUGAAAGCAAAUGUGACAGUACCCCCACUACCAAUACUGAAGAGUGCAAAGAUGUGAACAAAGUGGCUUACUGCCCACUGGUGCUGAAGUUCCAGUUCUGCAAUCGAGCAUACUUCAGACAGAUGUGUUGUAAGACCUGCCAAGGACACUGACCCACGGAAAGCCAGAGAGAGCCUUGUCAUUUCAUCGUGGAAAUGUGUCCAUCAAAGAGAGCCACCCGGAGGAGGAGGACUGAUGUCCUUGCAGAUGCAUUACCCUGUGGAAAACGUAACCACUGGUCAGCCCUAGCUGACAGGAUUUCAAUAUUAUUUUAACUUCUGUGAAGUAGGAUUUAUUGAUCCAAAGUGCUGGACACAGUUUUAGGAGGGAAUGCCAGAUUGGAGAGAUCCAAACAACACAGGGAGACUUGCUUACUGUGGAGCGUUUGUGUUCUUUCGAGUAAAUCCAAUAGCCUGUUUACCUCCUUGGACCAUUAAGAUGAUUUUUAUUAUAGACUUAGCAAUGACACUGAAUCCAUUUGUAUUUAAAACUGUUUAAAAUGUAGCUGUUAUGACUUGGUCGACUAUGGAAGUAAAGAAGGUUCAGAAAUCUUAAGUCAUAGCUUAAAAAUAUUUACUAUACUUUAUCUCACUACGACAGCACCACCAUUUAAAUUCUAAAAUGGGCUUUGAACUGUAAUUUAAGGAGCAAUUAUAAAUCAAAAGUAAUGAAAGUCUGUAUGAUUUUUUUCUUCCUUCUACUUAAUUUCCUUAGGAAUAAUCCCCCUGUUCUGAACACUGCUGUGAGCCAUAUAUAAACUAGAUUAAACCAGACAACAGUGAAGGACUUAGUUUAAGGCAGCGCACCAGUUACUGCAGCUGUGCCGCUCCAUAAAUUCAGUGCUAAGACUGUGGCCAGCCUGCCGUUGUGCGAGUGGAGCUGAGAUUUCCAUUAACACUUUGAGAAACACUUCAGUGUCAUGCCGAAGCCAGACCUGGGCUAUGGUCGAGACCAAAGUACCAGGCCCUUGGCUGCCAUCACACGGGGACGCCUCAGCUCUUAAUAUGAGCCGCUCCAGAUCCCGUGUGUACAUCGCACCGGCCUCGGAGUGGCUGCUGCCCCGCCGGUGGCUGCACGCGUGUUAAGCUUACUGAGACGAUAGCAUGCAGAAGACAGACUGGCUCGGUGACCACCAGGCAGACCCUUUUGCUGACCAUUACGAUGGGUUCCAGAUGUCCCUUCUUUAAUAUGGCAGAAGGGCAUUUAUUUAUAUGGGAGCAAGUGUGUGUGUGCGUGGGCGCUUUUGAGUGUGUGGGUAGAUGCGUGUGCUUGCACGUGAACGUGCGAUUUCUGUGAGUUUUAAAGUAGGCAAGGGAUAACAACCAAAGAAGAGAAACUCAUGAAGACUGGAGAUCAUAAAGCAUAAUUGUAAUAGUCACUCAACCAAGUAUUUUAUAUUUUUAUGGCUAUUCAGAACCACAGUUAAAUGUGAAACCCAGUUCCUUGAGCAAGUCCAAGUCUAGAAUCAAAUCCACCUAAUUUAAAUGGAUUAAAUUUAGCUCAUACGUUCCCUAUCCACAAGGUUCACAUCAUGCUCAUCAAAAGAGAUGACAGUGGAAUUUUUUAAAAAAGGAAGGAGAAAAAGAGGGUACUUGUUUAUAUUGAUAUUUUGUACUUGAACACUUGCAGCCUGCAGCGGGUUCCGAUGAAUGUGCUUUGUGUCCUACACGUGUGUCCACCAUGCUACACCAACACCUCAGGCUCGAACCAAAUGGCUACUUUGUAAAGGUCCUACUUGCAGUUGAAGAGUCUGUUUGACUUAGGUCCAUCUCUGUGCUCUGAGACUCCGCGUCAGGUCUGUACCCUGACCUGGUGGGGGUGACUAGGUGCUUUCAGGAGGGGAGACUCCCAGGCCUCAAACACCAGCCUACACUCCAGGUUUGCUGUGGAGCCGGCACGGGAUGCCGUCUGCACGCCGAGUGGUGCUCGUUUGUAUCUCAUCACCUGCCUUCUCAACCCCACGGCUCACACCCCUGAGCUUUCUGGGGAGAGCUGUUGAUACUUGAGAGCAGUUGCCAGGGCCCCUGUCCAUGCUGCCCUGAGACCAGCCCGAGUGCCGUCUUAGCCAUUCAGUGACAGGAGGGCCGCCCGUGGGCAGCGUGGCUCCAGCACUGAAUCCCCUUGGUGCUUUGCAAAGAGCAGUUAACUUGGUGCUAAUGUGCCCUGGUGAAAUAGACAAAAGGUGAGUGGUUUCUGUGGCAUUUUAGGCACAGGUUUGCCAUCAGGAUCUGCUUUUAUCCAACAUAAACAUCAGCUCAUGUGUUUAUUUAAAAAUACUUCUUACAUUUCUGAUCAAGGACUAUUUUUUACCUCACCUGGAAAGUAACAUUUCGAGGGCCACCCUGCUGGGCACCAUGCAUGCCUGACUGGGUGUGGAAGGGGAGGUCAGCCAGCGCUCCCUCUGGGGUGUGCCCCAGCACUAGGGAGCGCCUUUUCAGAAGGAACCAAGCCGAGAAUGUAACAGGAUGAAACAUCUUCAGAGAGGCCCUGAGUUCAACUCCGAGAGGGAGAAAAGUCACACUCCACAGCACAUCACAGGACCGCAGCUGCUCUGUAGUCAGUCACGUGGCUACAUAGGCUCUUUUCCUAAAUAGUAACCGUAGGAUCAUCGUGGAGGCUGAGCCACCCUGGCAGACCCUCCAAAAAUAGUGAGCUAGAUAGACUACUUAGGAACCCCAAGGAGGCCUGUACCGUGGCUGAGAGCAGGGUCUGCCACUGGCAGGAAGGCCUGCCCCAAACGGAAAGGGAAAUGUGCCCAACCGAUUCAGCCCCUUGAGACACAGAUGACCCCCCAAUCAGUUCAUUUCCUUAGGAAUCAUUUGAGUGAAUGUCACAUCGGUAUCCUUAAUAAUACAGAAUGAAAUUACCUUUGUAUUAUUGUGAUUAGUUGUUGCUUAUUAUUUUGUACUCAGUAUUAAUGUGGUACACUGUUACUUUUUUUUUGCUUUUGUAAAUUAUAUUCUAAUUUAUUGCCAUGUUUCCUUAACACUUGUCCUUCAUUCAUUCUCCUGCUUGUAAUGAAAAUGAAAAGUCAUUGUAACACUUGAUGGAGUGAAAUUCCACACCAGGCACAGAUUUUUUUAACAUAGAUAAUUUAGUAAAAAUAAAAGUUCAGCUUGUAAGAAUGA